ACAUUAAAAGCUUCGUGUGUUAACAACGAAAAAAUUUGCAUUCGAGGCCCAAAAGGAGACAUGGGACCAAGAGGCCUUUUGGGUAUACAAGGUGACAAAGGCGAUCUCGGUGACAAAGGGGAGCAAGGAGUGAGAGGAUUGAAGGGCGAAAAAGGCGGAAAAGGCGGAAAAGGCGAUCAAGGGCUGCGGGGAGACAGCAUUGUGCCUCCCCAAAUUACCAAGUCACCUUCGAGUGUAGAGGCAAUAAUGGGGGAUAGUGUGACUUUUGAGUGUACUGCCGAGGGGUUUCCUCGACCUAAGCUAACAUGGCGCAAACAAUCGUCAAAAUUGUCGUCGUUGCGCGCGACCGUCAGUGAAAACAACAGCCUGAUCAUUAGCAACGUACAGCGUCAUGAUGCGGACACGUACGUAUGCCACGUCGAGAACGUUUUUGGAGAUGCGAAUGCUUACGCUACUCUUGUCGUGCAAGUUCCUGUGACUUUCAUCAGUGUGCCAACAGAGAUUGUCAAAGCAUCUAUUGGCGACAGCGUAAGUCUUAUCUGUCACGCUGACGGUUAUCCUCUACCAACGAUCAAGUGGUCUCGACCAAAUGGUUUGUCAAACGAAGCUGUGGUGACGUCUAACGGCACUAUGAAGAUUUCUAGCGUUAGCAGACAGGACUUUGGUCAAUACAGAUGUACUGCUCACAACUCUAUUGGAACAAAAUCAUACACUUUUACAUUAUCACAAACAGAUGACGGUACUGAAGAGACCGGUGCUGUACAGACUGGUGCCACUGUGUUUCUGGGCAGUCAGGUUUCCUUACGAUGCAGUCUAUGCUCGGUUCCAGGUUUCACGUUCGUUUGGAAAAAGAUGGGGAGAUUAUUGGAAUCUGAUCGUGCUCAUGCGAAAGGUUGUUCUCUAGUCAUCAGCAAGACUACACAUGCAGACGCUGGCAACUAUACCUGCAUUGCUGUCAACGACUACAGCGGUAUUGCUCUAAAACAGGAUAUUCCAUUAACCAUUCUUGGCCCACCUCGAUUCACUUCAUCGAUUCCUUCUUCUGUGGUCGUGAAAGCUGGAGAUAAUUUCUCGUUUUCUUGCCAAGCGGUCGGUCCUCCAAAAACGCUUGUCUACUGGAGCAAAGAAUCUUUGAAACUAACAAAUCAGUCUGCAGUAGAUACUCUUCGCAUCACAAACGUGUCAAAGUCAGACGAAGGAGUUUAUCACUGUCACGCCAUAAACAAAAUAGGAAAAAAGAGCUUAAAAACGAGAUUAACCGUACUUGAGCUUAGGUUUGACAGUCAACCUCCUCCUGAGCUGGCGGCCGUUAUCGGCAGUAGUGUGAGCAUUGAUUGUGCCGCGAGUUUAGCUCAAGGACUGCCUGCUCAGGUAUCGUGGAGUGGUCCGUGUAGUCGCAGCAAAUCGAAUUACAAGAUCAAAUCAAACGGCACUCUGACCAUAAGUAAAGCAUCCGCGUGGGAUAGCGGACUCUACGAAUGUACUGCAAAAUCCUUCGUAGGAAAUCCGAUUAGAGCAAAAAUACAAGUUAUUGUUGGAGACGAACAAAGAAACUGGGAAUGGAGAGAUACAGACGACAGCUGUGGUGGUUUUGCACAGUCUUCUUACAACAAAUCGGUUUAUUAUGCAGUGUCCACAUCUGCUACAUGGGAUAGAUCCAAGUUCUAUUAUUGUCCUAAAGGAUAUCGGUGGGCUUGUACCUCUGAAGCAGUGGCCAUUUUUGGAAGUAAUACUAACUCUGGUGCAAGUGGAACAGAUAAUGUUUACCAUGGAAAAUGUGGAUGGAAUGGUUACAGUUACAAAGGUUACGACAGAUACUACUUUAGGUUUAAGGAUUCAGCUUCAACUAACGGAUUCAAGCACAGUGGAAACUACCACAGGUACCAAGUAGAAUAUUCGUCAUCUACUAGUAACUUUGCUGGCAUUGUUUGCCUUAAAAACUAAAUCGUUUGUGACAAUGCUUGUGUUCUUGUUGUAGCUUAAACCACGUCUCUAUGUAGCAACAUGAUAUUGUAUAUUAAUAUGUCGUCUUGUUUACCUUUCACUAAUUAAUAAAAGUUGAG